UAUGGAGAAGCCCUCGCCUGGGGGACUGGCUCUGGUCUGUGCUCUAGACGCAGCUCGCUUCUGGGACAGCGGCUCAUUCAGUUUGACUUCAGGGCAGACGACAAGUUGAUCAACAGAUGCAGACAGAAGAUUAAGGAGAUCUAAACAAGACAAUGCGCUGAAGUUAAGAAGUUGCAAUCACCAGAUAUUUGAACAAUGCAUUAAAACUCACCAAUGGCUAUUUCUAAGUUUUUUGUAGAUAUUUUCUUCCAGUGAAUAUGUCAAACAUUUAAAAACAUGUCUCCUUCAUUACCAUUACAAUGUAUUCUCAGUAUUGGUGGGUUUUCCUUGGACCAUGUGACCCUGAAUACACACUAAGAGCGGAGAUGGGACCCCGGAGCUGUGGAUAAUCAGACCUAUGCUGCCUCUCUCUGGACUGUGGCCUCAUGACCCAUGUUUGAAAUGGAUGGAAGGACUGAGAGCCUGUUUCAAACCACUGUGCCUGUGGUUAACAUUGAGCCCUCCUCCAGUAUAUUUCUAUUGGAAAGAUAAAUGGUUGAAAAUGGGACAUACACAUUACAUCACAUGAAUUAUAUUUUGGACAUUUUUGAAACGUGCAUUUCAUAUUUUUCACAUUUGGGAACUACUGAGGACUUUUUGUUUGUCCUGGUUAUUGGACUGUAAGGCACAUUUCAGAAACUGGACACAUUUCAAUUCUGACGAUAAUUUGCCACAAAUAUAAUAACAUUUUUUUGUUAAUUUAUUUGUGGUGACAAUGGCGGCAGAUCACAGUGAACUGGUGGCAGAGAUGGCCACAAUUGGGCGUCUCAGUGCCACUGAGCGUCUGAAACAUGCGCAGAAGAGGAGGGCACAGCAGCUCAAAGCCUGGGCUCAGAUGGAGAAGGAGUCAGUGCGGGGGUCUAGGGCCAAAGCCGAUAAGAAAAAGACACGGACCAUUAAAGUGACCUUUCCUCACGCAGUCACACUACUGGAUGCAGCCGCACGAAACGAUGUACAAGAAGUAAGGGAGCUGCUUAAUAAAGGUGUCAGCCCAGAUCUAUAUAAUGAGGAUGGACUAACUGCUUUACAUCAGUGCUGCAUAGAUGACUUUGUGGAGAUAGUGCAGUGCCUGUUGGACGCUGGUGCCUGUGUAAAUGCAUGUGACAGUGAACUGUGGACGCCGCUGCACGCUGCUGCCACCUGUGGUCACACAGGGCUGGUACAGAUCCUCAUUCAAGCUGGAGCAGACCUUCUGGCCGUGAAUGCAGAUGGGAACAUGCCCUAUGACCUCUGUGAAGAUGAAGCCACACUGGAGCUGCUGGAGAUGGCUAUGGCUGAGCAGGGUAUUACUCAGGACCGUAUUGAUGAAUGCAGAGGGGCUAAAGAGAAGACCAUGUUGGCUGAUCUUAAAGGCAUGAUUAAAAAUGGAGCUGAUUUAAAUGCUCAGGAUGAUAAUGGAACAACACUGCUUCACAUAGCAGCUGCCAAUGGUUAUGUGUCUGUAGCUGAGUUGCUGUUGGAGCAAAAGUCUCCUCUUGAAGCAAAGGAUGCUGAUGGCUGGACACCGCUACACGCUGCCUCCUGCUGGGGACAAAUCCAAAUGGUGGAGCUACUAGUUGCAAAUGGGGCUGAUUUAAAUGCCAAGUCUGCUCUCGAUGAAACGCCUUUGGAUGUGUGUAUGGACGAGGAGGUCCGGGCCAAACUCAUGGACCUCAAACACAAACAUGAUGCCAUUAUGAAGAGCCAGGAUCGACAGAAGGGCACUCUGCAGAGGAGGGCCUCCAGCACUGGGAGCAGAGGAAAAGUAGUGCGUCGCGUGAGUGUGAAUGAGCGGUCGAGUCUGUACCGACGUGAGCACCACAAAGAGGCUAUGGUGUGGCAGGAGCGUGGGAGACAGUUAGAGCCACAGGACGAUGAUGAGGACAGACAGACAGACAAUGAGCUGCACCUGCAGGCAAUGAUGGCCAGUGGCGCCACAUCUCGUUUGGAGGAACUGGAGGCUGCAGACAGAAAGAUCAUGCCUGCACAAGAGAACGGUGAGACCUCUGUUUCUUUGGCCUCCUCUGUGCCCGGAGAGCUGUGGACUGGGGGAGGACUUAUGGACCGCAGUGCCUCUUAUCAGCUCAGUGUCCCCCCUGAAUCAGAAGCAGGGUCCGCAGAUGGCGAAGGGCUGGACAAUAUCAGCCGAGAGAGGUCGCACCACACGUUAGCGGACCUCAAGCGCCAAAGAGCAGCAGCCAAGCUUGCCAAGUACCCAGCCCCUCAGCCCCCUCUGCCCCCUGCGCAGGAAGAGGAGCCCACAGUGCAACCAGGGGAUGUGUCGACUCAACAACCCCAAGAAGAGAGUACAGAGCCAGCCACCAUCGAGCAGGUAGCCCCCUCAAGUCCAGUGUACUUUACUCCUGCCAGUGGAGACCCCCCUCUUCUUAAACUACGCGCCCCUGAAGAGGAGCAGUCUAAAACCAAGGAGCCAUGCUGUGGACUUAUGUAGACUGACAAAUGUUAUAUUUUCAGACUGGACCAGAAUGGUCCAAAGUGGCACUGAUAUUUAUGACCACAUGCCAAGUUAAGGUGGGAUCUAUAAACCAUUUCACUGAAGCCGUUCACAUGCAGUUCAAUUCUUUAAAGGUGCACUAUGCAACUUUUUGGCUGAGGGUCUGUCACCUGCUUAUUUCUAUGGAUAUGUCAUGCCCGUCGACAUGCCUGGAAUGUUCCACAGUAUGUAGAGCUCAAAAAUAUGUACAAAAAUAGGCAUGUUGACUGGUUGAACUCUCUCCACAGAUCUGACCUGUAACUUGUUUGGUUGAAAGGUUUAAUGCCAUACUGUGAACCAUUCCAGACAAAGCAAUUACAUCUCCAUGAAGAAAAACAUUUGACGGAUUCUCCACCAGAAAAGUUACACAAUGCACCUUUUAACUUAAAAAAAAAAGCCAUUAUGUAUUUCAGUAAUUUGAAAUGAAACUUGUCAGUACAUACACAUACAAUCUUAUAAAAAUAAAGAACAGAAUAUUUCUCUCAGAGCCAUUAUGCAAAUUUAAGAAUUUUUUGAGAUGCACCUGUAUUGAAUAGAAAAUAAUAUUCUCAUUUGCUUAUUAGGUUAUUAAUUUAUACAUUUCUCAAAAUUAUUUAUUUUCGUGAUUGAAUUAUGUGACUUAUCUAUAUUUAAAAAUUACUAAGGUUCUAUUUGAUAAGCAAUAAUGUUUGACUAUAAAUUUACUUUAUGAUUUUAUUUAUGUAAUGGUCCAAAUUCUCUACAUUUCAUUUUUGCAACAUUAUAUUAGUAAAAAAACAUGUGAUGAACUGUUUACAAAAAAAUAAUGGAUCUAUUUCACAGCCCAUGAACAUUUCUACUCUUUAUAAUUUUUGAUUUUCAGAGAUUUUUACAUCACUAAGAUAGAUACAAGAAGCCCAUAGGAUACAAUAUUUAAAGGAAGAGUGUGAACAGGCUUUGUAACUGUUAUCAUUUAGCUACUUUUAUGUUUGCCUGAAGAAACAAAUUACAUUUAUCAAAGGUUAGUGCCUUUUGUGAUAUUCUGUUUUGCGAUUCUUGCACUAUGUCCCAUAUGAGCAGUGGGAAAACACCCUCCACCAGACCUGGACUCUGUAUACUCUCUGAUGCAUUUGAUUAAUAUUUUUACU